UGGGAAGCCUCUUUCCACAAAGCUCUUCCCUUAUCCACUAGUAUCCGCCCCCUGGCCUCUGGCCUCUGCCCUGAGGACGCCAUGCAGCCGGAGACAGGAAGGCGGAACUGGGCUAAAUGAGCCGGAGCAGGGGAGACGCUGUAAUAGGAGGGGGGUCGCCCCCCGCUUCCCCUGGGUGCCUCCCAGCAGUAAAUAGCUCAUCAGGGAAAGGUUCUUCUGGCUCUCCUCCUCUGGAACCAUGCCCUGCCGACUGGCUGUACCACAAAAGGAAAUGUUACUACUUCUCUGAGAAAGAAAAGGACUGGGACUCCAGUCAGAGCUUUUGUUCUUCACACAACAGCUCCCUAACUGUAAUUGAAAACCAGCAGGAACUGAACUUUAUAAUGAAAAUUACAAAGCAAGAUCCGUGGAUUGGACUUCAGAAGACAGGAGAAGAAUUCCAUUGGGUAAACGGGACUCCAUUAGAUUCAAAUCUGUUGGCAGUAAAGGGUUCUGGAGAAUGUGCCUAUAUUGAAUCAGCUGGGGUCUCCAGUUCUGGAUGCUCAUUAACCAGGGGCUGGGUCUGUAAAAAAACCUCUUAGCUCUGUGUACUCAGGCUUCACUCAGCCAAUUAAUGUAAGACCCCGGGUUCAACUGUCACAGUUCAGGGCAACUGCACCUGUAUUUCCCCUCAGUGACCCAGCAAGGGCACCUAGUCUCAGGCUUGCUGCAUCUCUCUCCCUUCUGACUGGGGCUGCACAGUUCCCUGCCUUUACUGUGUUGUUCCCAGCACAGACAGGUUGCCCAAGGACACCUGCUUGCUUUCUCCUCCGAGACAGUUAGCAGGUGUAAUUGCUACAGUUACAAGAUACCAUACAGCACUUCCUAUGACAGCCCACUUUAUUCUUACGGUAAAAAUCAUUACAGAGAAAGCAUUAAAACAAUAAAAGACACUACACACAUGCUACUAAGCUUCCCAGAGUUCACCCUAACAUGGAUACUAGCAGGAGCAGUUCUUCCAUCCCCCCACCCAACGAAUUCCUUCUGGUUACAAGUUCAUCACAGCAUCAACUCAGAACAAGCUCACUAGGGCCAGUGCUUCCAACCCUGCCAGAAGGAUUGGGGCCUUCUGUGGACCAGAGGUCCUGUCUGUUUGCUGGAUCAGGAAGAAGGCCCUGAGCUGGUUGAAAAUCAGGCUAUUUAUCCAAAAAUCUUUUUUGUCUGUUGGUCCCUGGAGAGUCCAGUUUGAACUAGUGGAGGCGCACUUCUCCAGGUGGUGGUGUCUCUCUGGAGAUAUUACAAUCUCAGUGCAUGUGCCUAAUUACCCCCUGAUGUUCUCUUAUUUAUCCUUCCAUGGAAACACAUACAAUUCCACAGUAAUACAGACACAAUUACAUCUUAAUACAGUGGACCCCCAAAGGUAUUCACCUAUUUCAAUAAGGUCUAACUUAGUUCAAUAAAGUUCCUUCAGGAUAUUGCAGGAACUUGUCUGUUGCAUUGACAACAUUUUGAAAUCUAUAAAUUCAAUGUAGCCUCAGUACAUUUACAUACAUUUCAAAGCACUAACAACUAGAUUACCAAAAUCUCUUACCAGAAACACUAACCCACAACCACCCCACCUGGGUUCAGAAAGGAAGGAGAAAGCUCUAUUAGCCAUGAACUGAGAACUCAGCCACUGGUUUGCUGUGAAUGCUGCUUGUCAGUCUCGUCUCAUAUCACUGAUUCCUUGUGCUCUCCCCUUCCCCUCAAUCUCUUUGGUGUAUCCAUCUGUUGUUUCUCAUCCUAUAGUGAGGGUAUGUCUACACUGCAAUCAGAAGUGUGACUGCAGCACGUGUAGACAUACCCGAGUUAGCUUUGAUCUAGCUAGCUCAAAUUACAAUAGCAAUGCAGCCACAGCAGCACGGGCUGUACAAUCCUGCUGGGGACCUUGGUUAUGCAGUUGAGCAGCUAGCCUGUACUGCCACAGCUUCAGUGCUAUUGUUACAUGACCUAGUUAGAUCAAAGCUACCUCAAGUAUGUCUAUGCUUGCUGCAGUCUCACCUCUGAUUGCAGAAUCCAAUCUCCUUGGCUAGCUAUAUCAAACCUCUUUUUGUCAUGUUUGUGCAGUGCCUACCACAAUGGGGCCAUUAUCUCUAGGCAUUAUCGCAAUACAAAUAAUUAAUACUACUACUGAGAGUCACUUUCCAACCGGAGGAUGUAAUUCAAAUAAUUCCUGAGACCACGAGUUUGUAGCACAAGAUUCGGUUCAGGGGCAUCUACUAGGGUCGCUUUCCUUUCACACCCAAAGAACAUGUGCUGUGGAAACAGUCCGAAGGGCUAUUCCAGUCCAGCAGUAAAGUUUAAGGAAGGCAGGGCAAGUUCCCAUCCAACCCUGAGCUAGGUAGGAAUGGAAUCUUAGGUUUCUGAGUGAGGGCAUGUCUAUGCUACAGGUGCUACAGUGGCAGCACUCCAGCUAUGCUGUUGGAUCACCAUAAAGUAGAGGCUUCCUACAUUGACAGAAGCAGUUUUUCCAUUGACGUAAGUAAUCUGCCUCCCCAAGCAAUGGUAGCUGGGUUGAUGGAAGAAUUCUUUCCAAGCACCAGGGGUUAGGUCGGUUUACCUAUUGUGCUCAGAAGUGUGAAUUUUUCACACCCCUGCCACUGUAGCUAGAUUGAUCUAAAUGUUAAGUGUAGAUCACGGCUCAGUAUAUGAAUCUACUAAUUUCUCUGUUGAGAUAGUUCUAAGACUAGUGAGGGAUAAAUGAGAGCAAGGUGGCUGUGGAACAAUGACCACUGUGAGUGAGUUUAUAUGGUCCAGCCAAUUGAUUCUAGCUGCUGGUGAUGUUUGACUCUUAGGGUAAAAAACCAUUCCAAAUCAGCUGUCUGCAGUUGGGAAGGAUCAUGAGUUAGCAUAAGUCUAAGAAGACUGAAAGCCCUCAGCUUUCAUUUUAAAAAUAAUUUUCCUUUGACGAGCCAUGGCAAUAAAACCAACCCAGAACCCCACUGGCAGUUCGUGUGCAGCCAUCAAUGAGUGCCUGCUGGUUAGCGAAAAGAGGAUCUCUUCAUAUUCUCAUGCGUGUAAAAUUAUGCCUUGUUUUACAAAUUAUUUAUAUUAUUUACACUGCUAAUUUUCCCCCAUAAGGCUCUGUUGUUACUAUUCUCUUUGCCUUGUAUAUUUUUUUCAAUGUAUUUUUCUUUAUUUAUUUUAUUUUCUUUGUUUAUAGUUUAUAUGCUAUUUGGUUUUAUCCGUCAUAUGUAUAACGUCGGCUGUAUGUCUUUACAAUGACAGGACAAUGUAAAUGUCCUGGAGUUUAUGAUUUCAAUGCCUUUAGUGACUUAAAGUUAUAAAAAACAAAUUUUCAUAUAAAAAGUCUAAUAAUUUGUAGAUUUAAUAAUAAGUACAAGCAGAUUUUUUUUUUUUUUAUCUUUUGGACACACAUACCCCUCUGAAGGGAAAAGUAGUGCAGCUGUGCUGAAAGUUUUUCUGAGGAAUACCCCUAUGGCAAAUAAAUAUUCCAUGUAUGUGUGAACAUGUGUUUUGUGUAAUUAAUUAAUUAAAAUUCUCAUAACUUUCAGAUUA